CAUGUAUGCCGCGAUAAAAACAGCUGCCAGCACCCUCUCGAUCUAUUGCAGAUCUUUCAUCUCAUCUUCCCGGCUCGGAAAUAAACAAUAUUGUUCGUAUUUGCCAACCUCCACUUUUAUCCGCAAAAUGUCUUAUCAAAUCGUUGAGAGAGGAGCACCGAAUUCCAUCGAUUACAAAGUCUACUUUAAAAAGAAUAAUGAUGUAAUUUCGCCAUUCCACGACAUUCCACUUUAUCAAGAUGAAUCCAAGAAAAUUUUCAAUAUGGUUGUUGAAAUUCCAAGGUGGACCAAUGCCAAAAUGGAGAUUGCCACCAAAGACCCUCUCAACCCAAUCAAACAGGAUAUCAAGAAAGGUGCGUUGAGGUUUGUGGCCAACUGCUUCCCUCACCACGGCUACAUCUGGAACUACGGGGCUCUUCCUCAGACUUGGGAAAACCCCAAUGCUGUUGACCAUCACACCAACUACAAGGGUGACAAUGAUCCCAUUGAUGUUUUGGAGAUCGGGCACAGAGUGGCAAAAAGGGGAGAGGUCGUAGCAGUGAAGAUUCUAGGAACUAUUGCUUUGAUUGAUGAAGGUGAAACUGACUGGAAAAUAUUUGCAAUAGAUGUAAAAGAUCCCAUUGCUGACAAACUCAAUGAUAUCAACGACAUUGAAAAGGAAUUUCCUGGUUUGAUGAAAGCCACCUUGGAAUGGUUCAGGAUAUAUAAAAUUCCCGAUGGAAAACCUGAAAACCAGUUUGCAUUUAAUGGAGAAGCUAAGGACAAGGCAUUUGCUCUUAAUGUAAUUCAAGAAGUCCAUUCCCAUUGGAAGGAUCUAAUCAACAAGAAAACUGAUGCCGGAGGACUUUCAUGCUCAAACGUUAGUGUGGAUGGCCCGUUCAAGAUCAGCCAAGCUGAAGCCAACGCUGUGUUAGACAAAGAGCCCCCUUCCAAACCUGCUGCUCCUACUGCUUCUACAGUGGACAAAUGGCAUUUCAUUACUCUCAAGUAACACAUGUGAAGAAAAGCAAGACAAAUGGCCGGUAUUAGCUCAUGAUGAAGGAUGGUGUUUUGUAUAAUAAAGGUUAACGUUAUCUUUACAAAAA